CACGCGUGUGUGCUUAUUUUACACACUCGUAUGUUGAUAAUAGUGUUGCAAAGUGCGCAGUCAACGCAAUCGUGGCCAGGAUUUACUGGAGGCCGGAUGAGGCCAAAUGAGGAGAGAGAUGCAUAGAGAAGCAGCAAACAGCACCGGGCAAACGGCAAGCGGCAGUGCCGGCCCCGCUUUGGGCCCAACGGGGGGACCCGGGGUCACAUUCCAAGAUGGCUGUGCCUGAGGAAUGCAGUGGGUGCCCCCCUAAGACGCCUGUCUCCCUCCUUUUUUAUUAAUCGGUCUCAUUUGCCCGUUUUAGCGAAAAGAAUUUAUCCCCCUAUUAUUGUUUGCUUAUGUACGGUAAAACAAUGUAAUGCGCGUAUGCGUCGAGUGCUAUUGUGAAGCCGAGAAUCAGCCGAACGUCGAGGAAAGGCGCCAAAAUAAGUCCCACCGGGAGAGAGGGACAGAGAGAGAGAGAAGUUUCGGGCACAUUCAAAAUCUGGAGGCCUGAUUUUCACGCCAGUUCGCCGCGUCGCAGAUGAUGCCCAUGCCAGAGGAUGCUACUAGCUCGUCUUAAACAAUGUCUCAUAGGGAUAUCUCUGAGGUGGAGCCCGAAGGUACGUCGGCCUUGGCCGCUGGAUCCAGGACAUUAUUCUUAGAGACGGUACGCAGAAGUAACGCGGCAUGCCAAAAUGGAGAUUACGCGCUCGCCGCGACAUUGUAUACGGAGGCUCUUGCCCUGGACCCUCUUAGUCAUGUAUUAUACUCAAACCGGUCAGCCGCAAGGCUCAAAAUGGGAUUAUUCGCACUCGCAUUACAGGAUGCCGUCAGAGCCACCGAGCUGAGUCCACAAUGGCCAAAGGCAUACUAUCGGCAAGGAGUAGCGCUGCAAUGCCUAGGACGCCACGGAGAAGCUCUCGUUGCGUUCAGUACGGGAUUAGCUCACGAUGCAUCCAAUCAUCAAUUAUUAUCCGGUUUAGUGGAAGCAUCCCUCAAAUCCCCGUUGCGGUCGACCUUAGAACCGACGUUCCAACAGUUGCGCGCGAUGAAGCUCGAUGAGUCACCGUUCGUCGUUAUAUCCGUAGUUGGUCAAGAAUUGCUCGGAGCUGGACAAUACAGAGCGGCUGCUGGCGUGCUGGAGGCCGCGCUCACCAUUGGCUCGUGUAGCCUGAAAUUGCGAGGCUCCGUGUUCUCGGCUUUGUCCAGCGCAUACUGGGCACUAAACUCUCUGGACAAGGCGAUAAAUUACAUGCAACAAGAUCUAGGAGUGGCGCGUUCUCUGGGAGAUACGCAGGGCGAGUGCAGAGCUCACGGAAAUUUGGGCUCCGCUUAUUUCAGCAAGGGCAGUUUCAAAGAGGCUUUAACGGCUCACAGAUACCAGCUUGUUUUGGCUAUGAAGUGCAAGGAUACGCAGGCGGCAGCUUCGGCUUUGACUAGCUUGGGACACGUGUAUACAGCGAUCGGCGAUCUACCGAACGCACUGGCCUCCCACAAACAAUGUGUGCAAUUGGUGAAGCAGAUGGGAGAUCGACUGCAAGAAGCUCGUGAAAUUGGUAACGUCGGUGCAGUCUAUUUGGCGAUGGGAGAGUUUGAAAGCGCCGUUGAUUGCCACACGCAACACUUGAGGAUAGCCAGACGGCUGGGCGAUCGUGUGGAAGAGGCGAGGGCUUUCAGCAACUUGGGAUCGUCUCAUCAUUAUCGGCGAAAUUUCGGCCAGGCGAUGGCCUAUCACGAAAACGUUCUGAGAAUAGCGCAGGAACUUAAAGAUAGGGCGAUAGAAACCAGAGCAUACGCGGGCUUAGGCCAUGCCGCUAGAUGCGCAGGCGAUCUAGCGCAAGCCAAACUUUGGCAUCAAAGGCAGCUUGAUGUCGCAUUAACUACGAAGGACAAGGUGGCCGAGGGACGAGCUUGCAGCAAUCUGGGCAUAGUGUAUCAAUUGCUCGGCGAACAUGAUGCUGCCUUGAAGUUACAUCAGGCUCACUUGGGAAUUGCGAGAUCAUUAGGUGAUAAAGCCGGCAUGGGUAGAGCAUACGGAAAUAUCGGCAACGCUUAUAACGCCUUGGGUUAUUACGAACAAGCCAUCAAGUACCACAAACAAGAAUUAACAAUAAGCAAAGAAGUGAACGAUCGUAGUUCAGAAGCUAGCACCCACGGAAACUUGGCUGUCGCGUAUCAGGCUGUGCAAGGCCACGAAGCAGCAUUGAGACACUACAGAGCACAUUUGGCCAUUGCGCGCGAACUAAAGGACACAGCCGGCGAGGCGUGCGCUUUGCUGAAUCUCGCCAACUGCCUCUCCUCGCGCGGCAGAUUCGAGGAAGCAGUGCCUUAUUACGAGCACUACCUGAUGCUGUCGCAAGAGUUGCACGAUGUGGAGGGUGAAGCUAAAGCAUGCCACUUUUUGGGAUACGCACACUAUUGCCUGGGAAAUCAUCGGGAAGCGGUCAGAUACUACGAUCAAGACUUGGCGCUGGCAAAAGACUUGCAGGAUAAAUCUGGAAUGGGAAGAGCUUAUUGCAAUCUAGGAUUAGCUCAUUUAGCACUGGAAAAUCUGGACACCGCUCUGGAAUGCCAAAAAUAUUAUUUAGCAAUCGCGCACAUGACCAAGCAUCUGGUCGGCAAGUUUCGUGCUUUGGGAAAUAUCGGUGACUGUUUAUUGCGCAUGGGAGAGGUUGAUGAAGCCAUCAAAAUGCAUCAGCGCCAGUUGAAUUUGGCCCGUCAAGCCGCCGAUCGUAGUCUGGAAGCGGCUGCCUACGGUGCAUUGGGAAUCGCUCAUCGAGCUACAAAGAAUUUGGAUAAGGCGUUGGGUUUUCACACGCAAGAGUUAACUCUGCGGCAAGAAGCCGGUGAUUUGCGCGGCGAAUGUAGAGCGCAUGGAAAUCUGGGUGCGGUACACAUGGCACUAGGACAAUAUACACACGCAGUUAAGUGUUAUCAAGAACAAUUGGAUAGGGCCAAGGAACUAGCGGACUCUGGAGUUGAAGCUCAAGCAUUAGGAAAUUUGGGCAUAGCUAGACUCAAUAUGACUCAUUAUGAGGAUGCCAUCGGUUAUUUUGAGCAACAAUUAGCAACUUUAGAACCUUUAACUACCGGUACAGCUUUGCUUGACAAAGCCCGAGCACUCGGAAACUUGGGCGACUGUUAUGAGGCCUUGGGUGAUUUGGAAGAAGCUAUUAAAUGCCACGAACAGCAAUUGACAGCCGCGAUAAAGUUGAAAAGUAUUAGAGAUCAGGAAAGGGCAUAUAGAGGAUUGGGAAGAGCUCGCGAGGCGACCGGAAACUUGCAGGAAGCUCUGGUAUGUUUCGAAAAGAGAUUAGUGACUGCACAUGAAGUGGAUUCUCCUGAAGCGAGGGGUGCCGCUUACGGUGAUCUAGGUAGAGUACACGCCGCGUUGGGUAACCAUGAGCAAGCCGUUAGUUGUUUAUCGCAUCAAUUGGCCCUUGCUCGAGGACUCGGUGACAAAGCGGCCGAGGCCGAAGCCGCCAGCGGUUUGGGUGCGGUUCAUCUUCUGAUGGACGAUCCGAAUUCCGCGUUACGCCACCAUCAGUUGGAGUUAUCGAUCGCUGAAGGCUUGGAUGCGGCCGGAUUGCAGGCUCGUGCCUGUGCAAAUUUGGGCGUGACUCAAGAAACACUGGGGCAGUACGAGGAAGCUAUAAGAUUACAGGAACAGUCAUUAAGCCUGGCAGCCGCAGCGGGCGAUCAACCUGCUCGAGCAGCAGCUUUCGCCAGUCUCGGGCGACUUCAUCAUCUAUGCGGCGAUUUACCGCGUGCUCUAAGUUACUUGCAAUCCGGUUUAUCUUUGUCUGAGGGUCUUGGUAGAAGAGAAGAGGUCGCGAGACUGAGACACAGACUCGGUCUCGUGCACUGGGAAGCCGGAGAGGCAAGCAUCUCCGUGGAACACUUAGAGAAGACUGCGAAUCUAUUAGAAUCGUUAGACGGUGCUUCGGUGUCCCUUGUUUGCGGCCAACCUAGCCGGGCCGAAUUGCUGUCGGAGACGUACAGAAUGUUGCAGAAAGUGCUAAUCAGUCUGAAUCGAGCGGAAGAAGCUCUGAAUUGGGCAGAGAGAUCCAGACGAUCCAAGAGUAAUUCCUUGGAUGACGCAGCCCAUUAUUCCGAGAUUAUUGAUCGACAACGCGGAGUCGUUUUAUAUUACAGCGAGGUAGGAUGUGAACUUCACGCAUGGUGCUUGGCGCCAGGACGUGGCCUGUUGCGAUUCCACUCAGUCACUUUAGACGACGGAGUUGAUUUGGAAAAGAGGGUUCUUCAAGCACGAGAGGCGCUUCUGGACGAGAGCAAUGAACUCAUCGAGGAAUCCGCUAAGAUCCCGUCAAGAGGUCAUCAUCUGAAUGCCAGUUCUUACAGUCUGAGCAGCCUUUUCAGCGUCGGCUCCGUGAGCUCUCGCGCCGGGAGUGCUCGCUGGGGACGAGGAACGAAGGGACCCACAUGGCAAGCGCCGUUACCAAUACAGAUGCUCUACGAUCUGCUCCUCGCGCCGUUCGAAGAUCUACUACCGCCGCCGCGAAAAGAAUUGAUCAUGGUAGUAGAGAAAUCUCUCUACUUAGCACCGUUUCCGGCUCUGCAGUCUAAUCCAGGCGAAGAUUAUCUAUGUGAGAGAUUCUCACUGCUGGUAGUGCCAUCUCUUGCGGCUCUUAGAAAAAGAUCGAAGACACCUGUGCUAGAAGGCGGUGCUACCGUGGCCGCGUUGGUUGCCGGGAAUCCCGCUUUGUCGAAGGAGGUUCGAGAGGAGUACGGAUGGUCCGAAAGUGUCGCUUCCACCGAGACCGAAUCAGAAAUAGUCGCCGAAUUGUUGGAGGCCCGUGCAAUGACCGGACUCGAAGCUACCAGAUCGGCAGUUCUGCGGUCUCUACCGGAUGCAGAGUGCGUUCAUUUGACUGUGCCAGUUUUCUGGAAUACGGGCAGUCUAAUGUUCUCUCCUGAUCAGUGCGAGGAGCCAUCUGAGAGGUCGGAGUAUCUGAUAAAUCAGGUGGAUUUGUUAAGGCUGAAGAUGUCCGCCCGCCUAGUGGUCGUUUCCAGCGGCCACAGUUGGAGCAACGUAGAGUGCACCAAUGCAACAUCAGAUGGCAUACAGAAUCUCGCCAAGACUCUAUUGAGCGUGGGCGCACAAUGUGUGCUGAUCGGUAUGUGGGCAGUACCGCCAACCGCCGGCAGCAUCCUGCUGCGGGCAUUCUACAGCGCGAUGCUGCAAGGCGCUAGAGCGUCACGAGCUUUAGCCGAAGCGAUGCAAACCGUCCAGCACACUAGACACUUUGCUCACCCUGCCAACUGGGCUGGUUGGCUGCUCAUCGGCGGAGACGCGAGAUUAUCUAAUAAGGUCGCACUCAUGGGCCAAGCACUGGCGGAAUUACUACGCGGCGGUCCAGAGCAGAGUAGGGACGCGCUGCGAGUGACACUUCAUUUGGUAGAGAAAUCGCUGCAGAGAAUUCAUCGCGGACAGAAAAAUGCGAUGUAUACGACUCAGCGCAGUAUCGAAAAUAAAGUAGGUGCGGCUACCGGUUGGCGAGAACUUUUGAUGUCGGUGGGAUUUAGAUUCGAGCCAGCCGGCAACGGGAUACCGUCUUCCGUGUUCUUCCCACAAAGCGACCCCGAAGAAAGACUGACAAGAUGCAGCGCCAGUUUGCAAGCCCUAUUAGGAUUAGGUCAAUCGUCAUUGCACGCUUUAGCUAGACUCUUACAGGCACCAGAAGUUGCGGAGGACGUUAUCGCUGCUAUGAGAAAAGCCAGUUGCGCCACAGAAGGUCAAGAAGUUAUUUUGCCUGUACAUGUUUGGAGAGCAUCAGGAUCACAUGAAUUAUUCGCUAGUUUAGGCUUCGACUUGAUGGAGGUCGGGCAAUCGGAAGUGACACUGAGAACAGGCAAACAAGCCUCACGUCGAGCUGUCCAGUUUGCUCUUCAAGCUCUUCUUGCAUUGUUUGACACACAGGAAGCACCAAAAAGUCUUAGCUUAGACUCCAGCAGUUCAAUGGAAAGUUUAGCUUCCGUAGCUCAAACGGAGAAAAAUCUUGUAGAGCGCCCUCGAUUAGGAGGAGCGUUCGCAAGUUACGUACGGCAUCGUGGCGAACCAGAUGGGAAAACCAUGGAACCACCGAAUGUUCUAAUACCAGCGUCGCGACAGCCAUGUCAAAAUGGAGAUGAAUCGGACGUGGCGUUCACACCCAGUCCUCCUGUGGCGCUCAAUUUGAAUCAUCAAACGCGCAUUCGGAAUCUUUAUGCUGAUCAAAAUUUAGUAAGACCCGGUUCAAGCUCGAGCAGUUCGGUAACAGAUUGGGAUAAUGGCCAUGCCACUGUGUUGAGGCGACAACCACUACCGCCGCUGCCAGCCACUGUGUUGGAGAGGCUGAGUGUAAGAACGGAGAUCGGCAUCAAUUCGUCAAGAAUUUCACGACAUUCCACAACGACGAGUGAAGAUAUUUGUCCGCAGACCGACGCCACGCAAUCUACGGAGACGCAUCCGCAGAAUUUGAGGAACCUGGCCACUUCUCUGACGAGUCUGACGCGCGAACUCACGCCCACAAUCUCCGAAGUGUAUCAUGAACGAAAUUUGGGAUUAGGUCUGGCACCGUCCUUGUCGAAAUUGUUGAAAGAGGUUGGUACCGUGACUGAGAACGAGGAAUUGCAAUCGACGAAAGUAGUAGGUCACAAUCAGACGCAAAAUUGGAUGCAGAACGAACCGGAACUUUGCCGGAGGGACGAGGCCGAUGGUAGAUCUAUCGCAGAGUCGCAGUGCAGCGCCGCCAGUUCGAAUAAGAUACCUCGGAAAGCUCCUGCACCACCGAUAUAGAUUAUUUAUAUUUAUAAGUUAAAAUAUAAGAGUUCGCGGAGUAUAGUACUGGGUACCAAAGAAUGAGAGACACAUUGAAAAAUUGAUUAUCGCCGUUUGGCAAUGCGAACAGAGUUGGCGGAAAACGAUUGACAAAGAGCGUAGUGCGAGCACAUAUUAAUACGAAUUUGCCAAUAAUAUCUUAUGAUAUUCAAAUAAAACACUCAUAAGAAAAUUAUAUAUACAUAUAUACUAGUAUUAUAAAUAUUUCAAUAUUUACACAAAUACAUUUUUUAGAGACAUUUAAGCAUAUAUUUUGUUUUUCAUACGUGUUGACAGUGUAGCUAGAUUUGGCCCGAUUUUCUGCGCAUACGUGAUGCGGUGACGGCGGCAACAAAAAAUACAGUAAUGUACAUGGCGUAUUAUAAUGGCACCAAGUUUUGGCGGGUAAACACCAAUAUGAACCCCGUUUACCACCUGGCAUUAAUAGUGACAGUAAUAUCAUAUACAAAUAUAUACUUUUUUACUGAUUUUUCAGAAAAUAUUAAAUAAUUUUUUAAAAUGAUAGAACGGGUACCACACGACAUUCCUUUUUAUUAGACUAAAGCACUUACUGUGUUUGUCGCGCAUACGCGGAAAACCGAGCCAAAUCUGGCUACACUGGGGUGCGUUCAGAAUGUACACUAUGGAUGAAAGUCUUUGUCCAUUAUCUAUAUUAUACAUAACGUAUACCAUAGACAAUAGACAAAGAUUGUAACCCAGAGUGUUUCUGGGUGUUGCGUGUUGAAGCUCGUGAAACGAGCUGUAUUACAUAUAGUAUAAGAUAAUCUCGUUAAUAAACGCUAAUGUGCUCAAGUAUAAUUUUAAUUAAAAUCCGUCCAAACCGUUUAAUUCUUAAGAUUUUAAUUAUUAAUUAGCAAGAGUCCGUAGAUGAUCAUAUUUGGAUGUUAGCUAAGGAUCUACUUUAUUUUAUGUUGAUUCUCGCACAUGACUGACACUCGCUCUUGUCUACAAUAAAAAAUCAUGGCUGUAUCGGCAUUCGAGUUUCAAUUGUUUAACUAUGUUGUUUCUUACACGUUAUGCAUUUUAUAUGUUCCCACAGAAUAUAAAAGUCUCGUGUCGAUAUCCAGUGCUAUGUUUGUAUUUUGGAAUGGAAAUAUGUAUUAUAUUAAUGUUAAAAGAAACUUUAUAAGAUACAAUUCUUUGGUCAAAGCUUGUAAAAAAAAUUUAUUUUAUACACAGUAUGUUUGAAAGAUAAGGGGAUUAAUUUUUUUAUAAAUUUUUUUGUGUAAGCGCUAUUUACUGAUAAUUAAUAGUGUUUUGCUUUUUUACUUUAACAAGCAUCUGUAUUUUAUGAGUGUCGAACAUAUAUUACAGCAUUCAAAGCAACAAUCUUUCAGUGCACCUUGUCAUGAAAAGCUAUGAGUCAAUAUCUUGUUUUGUUUCCAACUCGAUAAAACCGCGAUACAAAUGUUGAACCAAGAUUAUAAAGACUAUUUUCUAUCUCGUACAUAAAUUUUUGACUGAUUUGACUGAUUGACGAUGAAAGGGACUCAUUAUAAUAACAUUUGAAUCAUCUAAGCAACCGUGACAAAGAUCUUCGAAACAAUUCUGAAAGCAAACUUCCAGAAGUCUAUCCAUGUAUUGGUUGACUAUUCCUAAUGAUGUACUGAUAUUGAAAGGAUAUAUUUUGAAUAAAAUGAACGAUUUUUAGACAUACAA